UGCCAGCGCACUGGUCCGGAAGUAACACGGCAAGCUGGUGAAGAAGUGCUUGGCACCGUUCGCCAGCUCAGCGUGGUCCCUGCUGUGGGCACCGUGGUCCAGUUCAAAGAGUGCAAGCUGAAGCCCGAGUUGAACUGGUGUUUUGGAGUAGUGGAAGGCCGCCAGGGCGGAGUGCUGUCGGUCUGCCUGGCCGGCGGCUCCCUGGUGCAAGGCGUUGUGCCGGAGGACGUGAACGCGAUCGCCUUGAGCGACGUUGAGCCUUCAAGUGUGAGAGAGCUGCUUCAGGCUCAACUGGGAAAGACGCUGGGAGAGACUCCUCUCCCCCAGGAAGCUAGGAACAUGGGAGACAAAGGCGCAGAAGGGGUUUCUUACGCCCCUCUGCAGGGGCAGACGCGCAUGCUCGAGCAAGCCAAGAAGGUGAAAGAGCUACUGGUGUUGUGGCACGGACGGUCGGCCCUGCUCCCGGCCUGGGCAAGGUCUUUCUGGCAAGAGGUGGGGCUCCUGGAGCCCCUUGAGCAGCGGUUGAAGGCCUUGUUGCUCUCCCAAGGCUACCUGGGGCGGGGGGUGGGCUCCCCGCCGAGGUUCAAGGAGCUGAAGGAAAAGUUGGAAGAGCUCUCCACUGCGGGGGCUGUGGCGCAUUCUCGGGAUGCGUUCAGAGCUCAGGAAGGCAUGGCUUGGGGGGAAGACGAAGAGGGCCCCGAGAGCUGGGAGGCGGCGCUGCCGCCGGACCUCAAGCGAGCAGGGCCCGAGAUCUACUCCUCCAUGAAGGCGUCGGGCGUUCGCUGUGUACGAGACUGGGUCAACAGCAUGUUCAGCGUGGAGCAGAGGCAGACUGCGCAUUACGUAGAUCUGUUCAAUUUGGCGACGCUGGUCGAUUUCAAGGCCAGGGAGGGUGGAUCUUCCCAAUCGAAGGUCUUGAGCAUCAUCGCUCAAGAUGAUACCUGCGAGGUGGCAUUGCGCCGCCUGGCGGCGUGGAUCCAUGAACGCCGGACGGGGGAUCGUGAUGCUGCGCAGAGCAUGCUGGCCAUCAAGCCGUCUUCCUUUUCGACAGAUGUGGCACCGAGUUGGCUUGUCACCGAAGCGGCUUCCUUCAGUCAGUCGGAACACAAGCGCCGUGAGCGCGCCAGGGCGCAAGGCAGCGCUUCUCAUGGAAGCGUUGGCGGCAGCGGCGGUGGUAAGGCAGGCGCCAAAGGUGGCAAAGGCAAAGGCAAGGAGAAGAAGAAGGGUCCGGGCGGCAAGGCCGCCACUCAGGGGAGCAGGGUCCGGACCGAGGGUGUGCUGAUGAUGCCCUGCACGAUCUUUUCCAUGGAUGUCCGUGAGGGCCGCCGUCAGGAGCCGCAGGCUCUUGAGACAGGCGGCCAAACUGCCGCAGUACAGGUCGUGAAGGGUGCUGUGGUUGAAGACUCCUACGCUAGGGUCCAGAAGAAGCAGAACCAGAUCCCUUUGCGAGCAGAUCUUAUUGCGGAGCCCUCAGAUGAUCGCGUAGUGAUCAUGCUGGAGGCGCUCCCACGUUCCGAAGCAGAGUUUUACAGCAGCGAGAGCAAUUGUAUCGAGACGGCUGGCAAAGCAAGGCAGCUUCAAGAUGAGAUUGAAGAGCAGUUUGCGUUUGUGGAGCCAAGGUCCAGGUUAGGCAUGACUGGGGCCGGGGCUCUUGCCAGAGCUCACCUCGCGAAGCCCGGGGUGAAGGCGGCAGUUUGUGAUCAAUCGAAUGCCUUCACGAGCGUGCUGGUGCCUGAUUGGAUGAUACCGUACCAGGCAGUGCCUCCGAUUCCGGCGGGCGAUGUCUGGGAGCUUCUUCCUCAGCAGCUCCGUGACGGGCUACUGGUGUCCGAUUGGGUCUGUCCAUGCUACAUGCGGUUGCCUAUGGGUUGCAGUCAUUCGGUGCACAUUCUGAUGAGUAUCAACCUGCGCAUUAUCGGCAUGACUUUGGCCUCGAGCAAGCUGUUGUCCCGUCCCCCUGCCUCAGGUCUCAUCUUCAAGGACGACGAUGUGGUCGAGAACAGGCCGCUGGAAGCCCAUUUCGGUUGCUCGGACUCAGAGUGGUGGGAGCGCUUUUCUUUGCGAGGUGCCAACCGCAGGGAGUCUGGAUUUUCCGUGGAUGAGUGGUGGUCUGCAGUUCGCAAGGCUCGUCGGUCUCCGCAGCGAGUUUUUGUCAUUAUGCAUCUUUUCGGAGGGGAGCGUCGUGCAGAAGAUGUUCAUUCCUUUGUCGAAAAGUACGCAGACGAAGCGGGGGUCACAGUAUUGAUGGCUACGGUUGACCUUGCCACCGACUUUCGGUGGGACCUUGCACGUGAAGACACCCAACACGAGUUGCUGGGCAUGAUGUCAGGUUUUGUUGACCUCCUGCUGCUGGGCCCGCCAUGCUCUACCGAUCACGUUCGGGUGGUUUUGGGGGAUGAGCAGCUGGGCCUUUAUUUGCAUGUGGAUGAUACAUUGCUUUUGGGAGUAGGGGAGUGUGCCGAGAUAGUGAGCCCGUUGAUGGAAGAGAUUGCUGACAACAUGGAGGCCACGGGGUUUAAAGUUCCAGAUCGGCGUGCAGGCAAUGAGAUUUCUAAAGUGGUAGGCUAUGAGAUUGAUGCGCAGAAGGGGAGCUUUGCCCUUCCGAGAAGGAGGGCCUGUUUGCUACAGGCCGCGCUCCUCGAGCAAGCCAAUGCCCGUUAUGUUUGUGUCGAACUGCUCAGGGCUCUGGUCGGGAUCUGGAGUUUCGGCGCUCAGCUCAGAAGGGAGUUAUACUCUAUCCCCUUUUCGGUGUACCACAUGAUCGAUGUGUGCGAGGGCCAGUUUGUGAAACUUUGGCCGUCGGUGAGGCGAGAGCUCGUCUUCAUGGCAAGGGCGAUUGAUUUUAUGAUGUUGCAGGCUGCGGACCCAGUCAGCGAUGUGGUGUUCGCCACAGAUGCCAUGGGAGCCGAUGACGUCGAUUGUGGUGGUUAUGGGAUCUGCAUGACUAAGGCUACACCAGAGGAGUUCAAGGCUCUGAUGUGGGCUGGUGAAGAGCCGGGCUUUUCACUGCUCGAUCCGCUUCAUGUGAACACGGUGCAAAGCAGUACAUUCGGGCGCUACCAGAGGGCGGUUGAGGGUUUUGAGUUUUUCUUGCUUCGCAACGACGCGGCUCCUUCUUCAGCUGCUGAACUUGACGAGUGGCUCGUGCUUUAUCGGCGGGAGGCCUCGCUGACGCGCUCUCAGUUCGAGGUUGCCCUGGCGGGGAUUCAGUUCUUCGCACCGAGCUUACGAGGGCACUUGCCGCUGUCAAAGAAGGUGAUCAAAGGUCUGGCGAUUGAGUAUCCCUCCAAGCAUGCUUUCCCUAUGCUGUCUUCUUCGGCUAAGUUCAUUGCGACAAAGAUGGCAGCUGAGGGUGAACACCGGUUGGCAGUUUGUAUGCUGCUUCAACAGGCGACAGGUCUCAGGCCAUCGGAGAUGUUGGGCUUGCGAGAGCACGAUGUUCUUAGACCCAGUGAUCUUGUGCCUCGCUAUGUCCUGCGUCUGGGCACUUGCGUGGGCACCAAGGUGGGGCGUGAACAGACCACGUUCUUUGACCCAGAUCAGGACCCCAUGCUCGCAAUGUUGCUGUUUAGAUUGCUUCGCUCGACGCCUGAGCAGAGUUCGUUGGCAGCUUGCGGCUAUGAUCAUUAUCGGAGGGUGCUUGCUCGCCUCAGUGCUUUGUUGGGCGUGCAUUACUCUCCUCACUCGUGCAGGGCAGGCUUCGCCACGGAGGCCAUCCUCAGAGGGGACACGCCGCAGCUUGUUCAAAGGCGCGGGCGCUGGGCUUCCGAAGCAAGUUUCCUUGUGUACAUUGACGUGGCCACGGCUCUGCAAGUGGAGGCUGAGUUUCGCAGCAGGGCCCUGGACACGGCCAUUGCCACAGUCGUGCGGAUGGGCCUCCCAGUCACCGUGGAGAUCGGCGACGCUUCGGAGGCCCGCCCCGCCGGGCGACGGCCCAAGAUCGACGGCACCUCCGUGCUCUCUCGAGAAGCUCGCGCUCGUCUUGGCUCGGUCGGUGGUUCGGCUGUUGCGGGCGGCGCCGGCCUGAGUGAGGGCUCAAGAAGGGUGCAGCAGCGCAGGAAGCCCGUCACUUGGUGCAGUUGGCUCUGGAAAUCUGGUGGUAAAGCUUUGAAGCGGAUGCGAGCGCUGUUUCUUUGGUGCUGUGUGGCCUACGUACUGGCAGCGGGGCCUCUGCGUGAGAUGCUUGCGCCUAUCCAACGCCUGUUGGCGUCCACUGCGAGCGUUGGAGAGAGUGCGGCUGGGGCACUCUCGUCCAUCCUGGAUGGUGGCACUCAGUUGGUGACGGCCUCUACGAGUGCAGUCCGUUCAGCUUCUUUCAACACCUUGGGUGUGGCGCAUGCCGCUUGGAUUGGUGUGGACCUUGUGGAUAUGAACGCCACCAAGAUUGUCGGGCGCGUGAUGGGCGCCGACGCGGCGGCCAUUGAGCAGUGGUUGUUUUCGGAGAGUGGCCGUGAAGUUCUUAAAGGCCCUGCGGAGGAGGCUCUUCUCUUCUGGCAGGGUCUGCUGCAUUCUCAGGCUUUUCGCCUGCCGGUGGUUGCUGCAGAGACCGAGGCCCUGGUGGCGUCAGGUGACUACUGGGUGGCCUCUGGGGUCGUGUCGUACGCCUCUUCAGGCCUUGUCGUCUUCGAGUUUCGCCUUCUACGCAUGGCUUUCUCGCCUCGCUGGGCCAACCCCGUGUGGCAACUGGCAGGUUGGAAUGCGGCGAAUGAAUAUGAACAAGUUCUUCGCAUCGCUCGCGACUUUGCCAUCACCGUGCCCGCCGUUAACAGUACAUGGGAUCAUAUUUUGGCCCCCCCGCCCUCCGCUACCUUUUGGGGCGCUCUGCUCGGUUUGCUUCGCCGCGCUUGCUUCGCUGUGCUGGCGCCGCUCCGCUCUUGGUGGCGCUUUUUCGCGUCCAUGUGGGCGUAUGGGACCAUGCAUCCGCUGGCAUUGGGUAUAAUGGCUUUGGGGUUUGCAGGUCUAGGGCGCUGCCUGUGGAGUUAUGCGCGCUGCGUGGGCCUGCCAGCCGGGAGGCACAACGACUGGGCUCGCUUUACAGAGCUUGUGGUGCUCCUGCGCGGCUGGGCAGUGGUACACCGUGGCCCUCUCACGCUGGCUAACCGAGGUUGA